AUGGGGAACACCCCGUCCAAACCCCCUCCUGGCGGGGCAGACUCGACGAAUACCACCGCCACCACUAACACAAGCAACUACUCAACUGCAGGAUCCCUUUCCAGUGCUCCCAGUGGCAAGCGUGUCAACCGUCGCUCCUCUAUCCAUGCCCUCUCCGGCACCACAGGCACAGGUAGCAAGUCCACCGCUGCUGAUCCCUCCGCUUCCCACGAAAGCGCCACUGGCCACCCUGUCCCGCAUAGACAACAACCUUCAGUCCCACAGUGGCUACAACAAUCCCGUAUCCUAUCAGAAUCCUCGAGAGGCGACACUUAUCAUCAUCAACAACACAAUGAACAGCAGCAGCAACAAAGAAAUGCUAGACGUUUCUACAGAGACAAUAACGACCGGCACAAUCGCGGAUAUACCCGCAGCGACAGCGGCCAGCACACCCACCCUGCUCGUCCUAGAGAAACCUCUCCAGAACUUGGCAAGGCCAAGACCAAGGCCGUCCGCGUCCCCGCCAACAACAACUAUAACUACAGCAGAAGGGCCCACCACCACAACCAGCAACGCAACGAGCAAUACCCCAUCAUCGAACCAUCGGGUCCAGUGCAACAUGGCUACUACGGGGCCUCGGCACACCUCUCCCGCCCUCCGCGACUGCCACUGCCAAUUGGCGAUGCGACAACGGCGCCUGGAUCACCAAUUAUAGCGCCAUCGUCGUUGGCCGGUGCUGUGCCUGUGUUGGUUGAUAAGGGGAAGACAGGCGAGGAAGGUUCGGUUGGCUCUGGACUGGGAUUGGGAUUGGGGGAUGAGGAGGAGGAAAUGGUUGAUGAGUUAGAGGGGGAGGUUGGGAUCAUGGAUGUUGGAGAAGAGGAGGUUAUGGGAAUGGGAAUGGGCAUGGGGGUUGGAGGGGUCGGGGUGAAUAAGGCAGUGCCGACGACGAUUGAGUGGCGGGGAGGAGGUGAGAAGGUGUAUGUUACAGGAACUUUUGUGAACUGGGAGCGGAAGUUCAGAUUGCAGAAGAGUGAAAUUGAACCAAACCUACAGACAGCCACCCUCCAACUACGCCCAGGCACCCAUCACCUUAAAUUUAUCGUAGACGGCAUUAUGAACACAUCUGACCUACUCCCAACAGCCGUCGACUUCACAAACCACCUCGUAAACUACAUCGAAGUCACACCGGAACUCGAAGAACUUCCCCGCCCGCGCCGCGAAAGUGACCGCGAAAGGCCUCCCAAAUACACAAUCCCGCCAGGCCUGUACCCCCCACAGGUCCUCCCAGACACGCUCGAGAUACACCCGGACCAGGACUCGGAGAGCGACGAGCGUGACCAACGACAGCGGCGACGACAACGACAGGCCCCGGAGGAAGAGAUACCCCUUGGUGACUUUCGGGCGCUGAUACCGCCGUUCCUAACUGAUAUUGAUGGCGGAGGCGCUGAUGGAAGUGGAAGCGCACGAUACCAGCAAGCGGCAAAUGUGGUUCGGGACGCACCCACGCCGCCCAUGCUGCCACUGUUACUUGGGCGGUCGAUAUUGAAUAGCGCGACACCGAUGAAGGAUGAUAGCAGCGUGUUGAACGUGCCGAAUCAUACGGUGUUGAAUCAUUUGGCGACUAGCAGUAUCAAGAACGGGGUUUUGGCGACGAGUGUUACGACGAGGUAUAAGACAAAGUGUGUGACCACCAUUGUGUAUAAGCCGACAGCGGAUGUUACGGGAUAG